AGGAGGCGACAUCGGGCCGCCAGGUCGCAGCGGUAAGCGGCCAAAGGCGAGGAGCCGCGGCUGCAGUGGCGGUGACGGCGCAGACGGCGGCCGCAGCCCUGCCAGAGCCGAGAGAGCCGUCUUAGGCCGCAUCACCGACGAGCUAGGACGACAGCAGCCGAGGAAAUUAGCUGAACUGGCAGCAGAAGAGCAGAAGAGAAGCUUGGAUCGGCGCCGUUCGCGAGCGGCAGCGGUGGUGCAGCCGCGGCCACCAGCGCCGAUUACGAUCAGCGGCCAGCUCGGUGGCUGCCAGCUCGGGCUCGGGCUGCAGCAGCCCCUACUGCCUCUGCUGCUGCUGCUCGCGCUGCUUCUGCUGCUGCUCGUCGCCCAGGUCCAGGGGAUCGGCCAUCGGCCCGAAGACGACGACUACAGCCUCGAACGCGGCUACAAGUACGUCGACGACAACGGCGGCUUCCGGCUCGUCGAGGUCGAUCACCGAGGGCCGGCCGAGCCGUCCUCCGCCUGGAGGUUCUCGUUGCCAUCGUCGGCGGCGGCGGUAUCGGUAGCCGCGCUCGUCGGCCUCCAACCGCCCGGGCUCCAGCAUCAUGGACGGCCGACCGAGAGCAGUCGGUGGCUCAGCUCCGGUGGCCAACGGGCAGCGCGUCGGGACCAGCACUUCGAAGACGAGGCCACAUUCGGACUGCUCGUCCGUCACUUAGAGUACGCAGUAACGUCGGCCGCAGCAGCAGUAGGUGAAUUGCCUUGGAGCCGAGCUCCUUUGGGCGCCGAGGCUUUGGCUGGAGCCGAGGAGUCGUCUCGGCACGAGACGCGGAGCAUGCCGAGAUCGGCCGAGCGGACAUCGACAUCAUCAUCAUCCUCAGCAGCAACUGCAGCAGCAGCAGCAGCAGCAGCAGCGCUGGCAGCUUUGGCGGCGCCGCCCUCGCCCCUAGUCCAAGUCAACGAGUUCGAGCAAACGGAAAGCAGCUCCGAGGCAGCAGAAGCAGCAGCAGCAGCAGCUACUGGACGCGAUAUCCAUUUUGCAGGACAAGCGAAGAAGCGACAAGCCAGAGUAGCGACGGCCGUGACGACGACGACGGCCACGACGACGUCGACGACUCCGUUGACGAUUAGGAGAAUAGCGAGGACGCAGGCGACGAGCGCGAGGCACGAGCGAAAGAGCAGCGAAUACGAGGACGAGACCAGCGCCAACGACGACGAAGCUGCAGCUCGACUUUCGGACGAGUCGGCAAGCGGAAAUAUGGUAUCGCAAUCGCUGACGGGUGGCGCCAAUAGCUCGGCUAGCUUCAACGGCUCGAGCUUGUCUCUCGAUGGGGCGAACCACACGCGCACCGACGGCGAAGAGCCCAUCGACGUGACCAGGGCAAUAUUACUGGGCUGCAUCCUGGGCACGAUAAUCGCCACGGCGGUAUUCGGCAAUCUGCUGGUUAUGGUCUCGGUGAUCAGGCACCGCAAGCUGCGCAUCAUCACGAACUACUUCGUGGUGUCGCUGGCGCUGGCCGACAUGCUCGUGGCCAUGUUCGCCAUGACGUUCAACGCCAGCGUCCAGAUAACCGGCCAGUGGCUCUUCGGCUACUUCAUGUGCGACGUGUGGAACUCGCUCGACGUGUACUUCAGCACGAGCUCGAUCCUCCACCUCAUGUUCAUCUCGGUGGACCGCUACUACGCCAUCGUCAAGCCCCUCAGCUACCCGAUCAGCAUGACGAAGCGCGUCGCCAUGUACAUGCUGCUCUCGUGUUGGAUCUCGCCGGCCAUCAUAUCUUUCGUGCCCAUCUUCAACGGCUGGUACACCACCGAGGAGAACGAUCAGUUUCGACAUCUUAAUCCGGACCAAUGCAUCUUCCGGGUCAACAAAGUAUACGCGAUGCUCUCGUCGAGCAUAUCCUUCUGGAUACCAUGCACGAUAAUGACCCUCACGUACCUGGCCAUCUUCCGGGAGGCCAAUAAACAAGAGAAGCAGAUGCACAGUCGCAUGGGCACGGCCAUGUUGCUGAGCCACAGGCCCAGUCGAGAUCUCAACAACGUGAACGGCGAGCUCAACAGUGGCGGCGGAUCUUCGAGGACCCUCACGCUCAACGAGGUGAGCGGGGCGGUGGAGCAUCUGCACACGCCGACCAAAGACAAGAACAUCAUCAAGAUGAAACGCGAGCACAAGGCGGCCCGCACCCUCGGCAUCAUCAUGGGCACGUUCAUACUGUGCUGGCUGCCCUUCUUCCUCUGGUACGUGAUAACGUCGCUGUGCGACCCGGACACCUGUCCCUGUCCCGACAUCGUCGUCUCCAUACUGUUCUGGAUCGGCUACACCAACUCGGCCCUCAAUCCGCUCAUCUACGCCUACUUCAAUAGGGACUUCAGGGAGGCCUUCAAGAACACUCUGCAGUGCGCCUUCUGCUCGCUGUGCAGGCGCGAGCCCUCGGACCUCGAGGCCCUGGACUUUCGUAGGCCGUCGCUCAGGUACGACGACCGAACGAAGAGUAUAUACUCAGAAACCUACAUCAAGCACAAUGACCGGCGCACGUCGAGCGACUUCGGCAGUAGUCUCUGAGAACAAAGGAACUUUAGAUUUUAAGCUGUGCGAAAGAGAGCAAGAGAGAGAGAGAGAGAGAAAGAAAGAGAGAGAAUUACACAUAUAUAUAUAGAAAGACACGUGUCGUACGUAUGCGAAUAACAUACCGACGCAAAGUUGCAUCCGUCUCGACGACUACUUCUUAUACUACUCCAAUUGCGGAACUCGGCUGUGUGGCGCACCAUCGGAUAUUCGUAGCUGCGCGUCAAAGAACUCUGUGUAACUCACGUUGUCGCGAGUAUAAUGGGCCAACGAUGUUGAUGAUGAUGACGACGACGAUGAGUGCAGUAGAAUGGCGCGACUUAAUUACAAAGCAAUCCAUUGACAAAUCCAGCAGUAUCGACACCCCAGUAAUAAGAUAAAUUAUAUGUAUAUCGUGUGCUUGCGCGAGUGCAUGUACGUCAAAGUGUGUGUAUGUGUGUGUGUACAUGUGAGAGUGUGGGUGUGCACCGUCAUCGCGCGAGUAUACAACCAUUAUACUCGUUUUCACAAUCACGAGUGGAAAAUAGAAAACAGAAAAAAGAAAACGCACAUUGCCAAAGUUAGCUUGUAAGCUGGCGUACGUAAACUAAACGUAUAAUAUACAUUAUAUAUACCUAGAGGUAGAAAGAAAGAGAGAGAAAAAAAAUACGCAUCGUUUCGUCGCUGUUCGACUACUCGUCUAUUUCGUCGUCUAUUCGUCGUCACUGUGUGUACGCUAUGCGCCACGCCAACUCUGCGAUUGUGUCUGUCAGUUUGUGUUUAUGUGAUUAUGCAAGUCCGACUCUGCAGCAAGUCUAUUAUAACUGUGAGAUAGCGUGCGUGCAUGCGUGCGUGUGUGUGUGUGUGCGCGCAUAAAGUAACUGCCCGUGCGCGUCUAUAUACCUAUGUAUAAGUACAUAAGUAAAAGUCUGCGUAAAUAUACAUACGCACUUUGUCGUUAUUUGCUCAAUUUGCGCGUCUCUCGUGUACACGUCUUUUUGCCUCGGCUGGCAGCUCCGCGACCUCGCCUGUUUACGGAAAAAGCAGCAGCAUCGCGAUCGCUGCAAGUCGCUGCCGUUGUUGUCUGAAAAAGCUGCUGUCGCAACUAUCACCGAUGCUAUUGAAACGUAUUAUUAUAUAGCAUCAUCGCUCCGGAUCCCGAUCAUUUCUUCUUUUGUUCUGGAAUUCCAUCUUUAAACUAUUUUUAUAUAUAAAAUACGAGCGUGCACAUAAAUAUAAAUAAAUAAAUGAAUGUAUAUUGUAAUGUAUCGAACGUACAGUUAGUCAUGGGCUCGGAAUAUCGCAAACGCAGCCCGCUUCGACGACACACGGACACACAGACACACAUAUAUAUAUACACACACACACACACACACACACACACACACGCACACACGUCUCGAGGCUCGAGAUUUCCAACUCUAAAUUCUAAAUCCCACGCGCAGAUUUCCCAAAGGGAUUUUCCCGUAUAUAUAUAUAUUUACGCGUUAUACGCGUCGCACGAGUGCGCGAUUCGAGAUUACCCGCGCGCCGCGGAAGCUGCAUAGGUAUAUAUACACAAGCUAAACCUCGCGACGCGCAAUUCUCUCGCGAUAUUAUAUACAUGUGUAUACGUAUAUGCGUGCCUGGUAUGUGUAUGUACAUUUGCGGAACGAUUCGAACUAGUAUGUACGUUAUGUACACUCGAUAAUGCUUGCACAUCCACGGCGAGUACACGAAACGGUUGUAAAAAAAAACGUAUUUUAAUUUUUUUCUUCUUUUUUUCUCUUGCUUACGUGUCGGUCUCGAGUGCAUCCCAAAAAUGUGUGCGUACAUACGAAUGCGAAUUGUAAUGGGCACAGUGCGUUGUUAUUCGCGCGCGUGCAUUAAUCUUCAGAGCCACAAACAAACAGAAAUAAAAGCCAGCGGAAAGUUUAUCGGAAUUUUCAUUAGUUCAUUUUGCGCGCUACAUCUGCGUGUCAGUAAAUAUUUUGAUAUGAAAGUACUCCAUGAAAAUCGUACAUGAAUGACUAUUAAUCGUUGAACGUAAUUGAAUCGUGGGCAAAAUGCGUCUGCGUGCGUGUGCGUGUAUGUAUGUGCGUUCGCUUCAAUCAAUUGAAACGAUAAUAUUGAUGCGCGCGAGCAGUAUAUUACGACGUGAAUCAAGAGCGUUCCAUGAGCUGUAUCAAUGCAUGUCUUAGCAAUAUCCGAGAGUUACUAUAUUAUCGAGUAACCAUUACAAUAACAAACAAAUCUAAAAGCCGGUAUUAACUUUUACCCUAUCUACUAUUAUCAAUAUUGUUAUUAUCGUUAUUUAUUUUAUUAUCAUUAAAAUACUAAUUAAUGUUAUUGCCUAUCAUUUAUUUUACUAUUGUUACAUUGUUAUUAUAUACUUAUUUAUUAUGAAUGCUAUUUUUAUUGCGCCGAGAAAGAAACUGGAGAAGUGGUGAAAAUGCUGAUGCAUUAAUUAAUGACGAACAAUUUAUGGUUCUGUACAUACUGUUUGUAAAUAAAAUCAUAAACUUUAUUGUAUAUAUGAAAAAAAAUACGUAAACGUACGCAUACAAUUAUUAUAUGUAAAGAUUCGUAUAAAUGUGUAUUAUUCACUCAAUUAACGCGUUACGAUCGGAUCGGCGCGCCGUAACAAUGAGGAAACGGAAAGAAAUGUAUAAAUAUAAUUUUACGUUCGCUCUCGGCAACGCCAAGCUAAUUGGAUUUGCAAUUUUAUAACCCAUUCUAUACGUAUAUAUAUGUUGCAUUGGAGAAGUAUAUUAUAAUAUACAUAAAAAGCUGAGCCGUGCUUGCAAGUGUGACUGUGCGUAUGCGCGUGCGGUGCGUGUCUUGGGGCAGCAGAAGCAGCAGCAGCAACAGUAGCGCACUCGAUCGAUCGUUUCACCUUGUUGGCUUGCAAUAAAAUUACGUCUCUAUAAAAUCGGGAAUAAUUAAAAACGACGUGUAUACGUCUCGAGCAACUGGAAGUAUACAGAUAUAAAUGUUUAUUGAGAAUUCAAGAGUCAGAGAGCGCGCGCGAUGAAGCUAAAGGGAAAUUAAUCGAGCAUACUUGAUAGCUGCAUAUAGCGCACGGGGGGCUGAUCAAAGCUCGAGCGCGCCUCCUGUUAAAUAGAGAGCUUUAUGAGCUAAUGGCUGCUGGUAUUGACGACGGAUGAAGUGAAAAAAAAAAUAAACGAAAAAAAUAAACGAUCGAAGCUUGCGGUACAAAUCAGCAAAUUGGCCCGUCACGUCGAACGUCUCAAUUUUUUUUCAGAGCGUCCGCCGAUCGAUGCGGACGAUUACAUAUAUUAUAGAAAUCGAUCAGGCCGAGGCUCGAGCUGUGCGUUAUUUCGAGGCGCUAUUCGAGACUGAAGAUGGAUCGGUUGGUCCUCGUAAUCGUUGCGCCAUGGGCUUAUAUAUAUUGUCGAGUACGGCGUGAUUGGCGAAAAUAGGCGAGACAGGCCUCUGCGGUAGCUCGUGGCAUCAGCAGCAGCAGCAGCAGCGGCGGCGGCGGCGGCGGCGGCGGCAGUACGUAUAAAGGCUCGCGUCAGGGAGGGCAGCGCACGGAAGGAUUGCAGGGAGAAGGAGACGAGCUUUAAUCUCGAUACACCUGCUACAUUGCAUUUAACUACACCAAGCUGUACGCCGCUGCCGCUGCUGUAAGCGGAAAAGCAACACACCGGGCCAGAUACGUCGAGUUUGUUUGGUCGUCUCGAAGCCCUCCCGGCUAUGCCAUUAAUCCUUACUUAUAGCUUCUCACUGCGAUGCCGUAUACUCGCAUAUACAUCGUAUAUAGAUAGAUAGUUAGAUAGAUAGACAGAUAGAUAUAAGUAGAUAGGUAGGUAAAAGUAGAUGUAUAAACGAAUAGGAUAAAUGUGUGCAGUGUGUUGUAUAUAUAUAUAUAGAGUACGAGUGAGCUGGCUAGGCCUGACUUACAGCUUUCUUUCGGACGAACUCCAUCACGUUCUGGCAUUGAAAAAUAUCUCGUCCGAGUACAUAAACGCAGCUUGGCGGGUGGCUUCCUCGCUCGAACACGUUGCGUCACGGAACGACAACUAACAAAAAAAUUAAAGAAAAGCCAACCAAAGCAAAAACGAAAAAGCAACUUAUAAGUAUACUUUCUGUGUUGAACAGCUCUUAUACCUAUUGAUAUAUACAUAUGCCGAACGAUCGUGUGCAGGUCUAUUACUGCUGUUUUACUUUUUUCGAGAGUUGCGCUUCGGUUCCGUAUCAGGGAAUACAGGAGCGAACUAGCAAAGUCUUAUAUUCAAAAAUGUCAACGGCAUAAUACGUGUGCACUUCUGCGCAUUUCUGCGUCUCGCUCUUCCGUAUCCUCCUUAUUGAGAGGCUGCUCGCAUAAAAUAUUCAUUGUACGAGUAAUGAAGGUUCGCUUCUUCCAUUGUUUCUUUUUAAAUACUUGCAAUAUUUAUAUAUAACCAUUAAUAUCAUAACAUUUAAGAAACACCUUCACUCUGAUCCGAGAAAUGGCCAACAGCACUGCAAUUAUUAAUGACAUUCUAUUUGCCAUUAUGCCGACGCAUAUUCAUGCGAAUUCGGACGCCCCCGCUAAUGUACAACGCAUUAAAUUCAUCCAAUGAUUUGCGAAGCAGCGCGUGUUUUUCGUUGUGUAAAUAUUAUAAAUAAAAUACACAUACUACAUACGUAAAAUAGUGUAAACACGCAAAGAUACACGAUGUAUAUGUCAUAAGUCUAGGUAUGUAAGUCGAUCCCAGACGUAUCCAUUUCUAAAAGAAACGAUAAAGCCCGAUUCUAAAAUUGGCAAGCCACCAGAAAUUCGUUACUUCGUUGCCCAACUAUAUAAAAGUAAAACGGCGAGAAAAAAAGUAUAAAGUAACAAACAAAAUACUACAAGUAUGAUGCAUAGUAAUAGUAACAAUAAUAAUAAUAAUAAUAAUAUUAAUAAUAAUAGCAAAUGACGAUAUCAUAAUAAAUAUUAAUAAUAAUAAUUAUUGAUAAUUAAUGAUAAUUACAAUGAAGUGUGAAUUUAAACGAGGCAUAAAGAAACAAGCAAUAAAACGUGAAAUACUAAAUUAUUAUGUGUAUGUGUGUACCGUGUAUAUAUCUAUAUUAUACACUGAUUAUGCCGCAACAAAACUUGUUAUAUUAUAAAUAAAUAAUAUACUUUGAAACGCACUGCAAGCAAUUACAAAUAAACGCCCCUUUUUGUAUGUUAACAAAAAAAAUGAAAAAAACUUAAAAACAUCCAGUCAAUGUACUAAACUAUGAUCGAUUACCCAGUGAUCUCGUCCUGGUGAAGCCGCAUGAAAAUUUACCUCGCAACGAACGUUGGUUAUUUGUGUAAUGAGGUCAUUAUUUAAUGUACACAUUUGAAAUUGCACGCAUCUAAUUGUUAAAUUUUGGAUGCCGACCACGGACAAUCAAUUAUAGCUGCGUGGAUCGCGAGAAGCCACGCCACCACUGAGGCAGAUCACAUUCACAUAGGCACACACACACGCAUACAUGUACGAGCAACGCGAUAGACAAAAGUUAAAGUCAGAACAACAGCAACAAUUACACCAAAGUGCAUAUGUACGGCAAUUAUUGUAUAUAAAAUUUAAAUCAAGCCCUCCCCCUUCGGAAACUCAAUCGAUCAGUUUGUUACAUUAUUAUGCUUUCAUUUGCAAAGUGAUGAGAGAUUAAACGAAAAUUCGAGUAAUUGCAGGUGCGCGAUUAUUAUUAAAGCAUUGCCCAAGUAAUCGCUGUGAAAAGAGCUGCACGAUUUGAAGCGACGAACGACCGAGUUCUUGCAGAGUGUCGAGUUUAUCCCAUGACUGCGCAAAGCUCGAUUAUUAAAGCAAUGAAACACACCAUUUGGCAGAUAUAGACAUUAUAUUGGUGUAUAAUUUUGAAAAAAUUGAAAAAUUAAUUGAAAAAUCUUCGCGGGAGUUGAAUUGAUCCAUGGUUGCUCUCUGUAACAAUCUUUAUUUUUGCCAAAGAAAAUGCUCAAUUACCAAAAACUAAAGUAUUAUUAUAGACGUCGAGCUCGAAUUUUUAUUUCUGAAGCGCAGUAUUUGAAAUUCGGUCACUAAUUUGCAUUUUUACACUUGGCAGACACAUCGAUUACGUCAAUGAUAUGCACCCAUCCCGAAUCACCAGGGACAACAGAAGCACACACCAUAAUACACUUGUACAUUUAUGUAUAGAAAAACAAUUACUUAUAUUAUAUAUAUAUUAUUAAUGUGUAAUGUACGAUAUUCGACUGCCUAGCGUGAGAAUCAAAAAAAAAAGAAGUGAAAAAUUAAUCCACGAAAAGCCCAUUAUAUGAUUGUGAUUACGUAAAGCGCUACUUAUGGUAUGCACUCGUUCAAGCCGCGAGCGAAAUGUGAAUGAUAAAUCAAAUUAUUAAACUGAACGUCGAAAGGACGCGACGUGUGUGUGUGUGCGUGUGCAUGUGCUACAUGUAAAGAGGGAAAGAGAGAAAUUACAUAGUGCGACAACGAUACAUAAUGAAUUGCAUGCAUGUGCGUGAGUGCAUAAAAUGAUGGGACUCGGUGAGCGAGCGAGGCGAAAAAAAAAAUGAUGAUUAUUAUACAUUCGCUCGGCGCCCUGAAAAUACUUAUAGGUAAUAUACAGUACACAGCAAGCGCGCGUAUGCAUGCAAUACAAGACGUUGAUGCGCGCGAGGCAGCCAAUAUUACAGGCGCUGUUAAAAGCGCGUCGGAGCACCACGUGCGCACAGCCAUGCGGAGAAAUCGUAAUGAAAAUAACUCGAUAAAAACGCAAUGAAUUUUUGCCAACGCGAAUAUGAAUCGGAUAAGGGAACUGUAUACUUGAGUAAUAAUUCUCAAAAUAUUCAUGAUGUAUACACACACACACACGCAGAUAAGUAUAUAUGUAUAUAUAAUUAACGCAUAGGAACAUUUAACUAUAAAAAUACGACGACGAGUCACAUAAGUCGGUACACAUACAUAUAUAUAAAUUAGAUCGAAAUAAAGUGGACAUUAUUAUACACAAGAUAUACUAGCGUAUACGUACCCGCGGUUGUAUUUUAAAUGUUUACGCUUUUUUGUUAUGUAUGAUGAACUAUAACUUACGAGGAAACCUACCAUUGGAUAAUAAAAACAUUGUUUUU